AUGUCGUCGUCUUCACGCUGGUCACUUUUUCAAUUGCGGCGGCUUAGUUCAGCGAUUACAAAUGGGGAAGCAAUGAAGGGUCGAUUCCAACAGUGGAAGAAACCGGUAUAUUAUGCGCCACAUAUACAUCCACUCGAAAGAGGACCUGAUUUUUCUCAUGCUGACGGACGGAUCAUUCAUGUGACUUCCAAAAUUCAACUGGAGUACAAACAAGACCAAUUGCGGUUAGCGAAGAAAAUUGUCAAGCUGCUGGGUGAAAUAGAUGCAAUGGAGGCGGCUCACAAACAAGCAGAAAGUCGAAGAAUCUCGGAAGCUCACGAACGUGAGGCUCUUCGACCGAAGGCCAAGGGCACGAGGAGUAUAACCUAG